CCCGAGGCCGCGCCCUUUCUGUCAUAAACGGCAUCAUUCAGGAAGAAACCCCGUGGUAAAAAGUUUCCAGCGCUGAAUGAACGACUUUUGUCAGGUCUUCCAGGGGUUACCAUUUUGUCAUAUGCUACUAUCUGGACCGAGAUACAGCCAGCAUGCUGAUUAAAGAAUACCGAAUCGUCCUGCCUGUUUCAGUGGAGGAGUACCAGGUCGGUCAGCUGUAUUCAGUAGCAGAGGCUAGUAAGAAUGAGACGGGAGGAGGAGAAGGUGUGGAGGUGUUGGUCAAUGAGCCCUAUGAGAAGGAUGGAGAGAAAGGGCAGUACACCCACAAGAUCUACCACCUGCAGAGUAAAGUGCCAGGUGUUGUCCGUGUUCUUGCUCCGAAAGGUUCUCUGGAGGUUCAUGAGAAGGCCUGGAACGCAUACCCUUACUGCCGUACCAUACUUACAAACACCUACAUGAAAGACAAGUUCAUGAUUAAGAUUGAGACAUGGCACAAGCCUGAUAUGGGGGAUCAGGACAAUGUACAUGGAAUUGACAAAAGGUCAUGGGAAGCAACUGAGAUUGUUGACAUUGACAUUGCUGACAGAAGUUGCAUAAGUCAAAAGGACUACAAACCAGAACUAGAUCCAGCCAUCUUUAAGUCACAGAAAACAGGUAGAGGCCCUUUGGGACCUGGCUGGAAGAAAGAGCUUGCCAACAACCCCAACUGUCCACACAUGUGUGCCUAUAAACUAGUCACACUUGAAUUCAAGUGGAUGGGACUACAAAGCAAGAUGGAAAACUACAUUCACAAGAUGGAGAAGCGUAUAUUCACCCACUUCCACAGAGAGCUGUUUUGCUGGAUCGACAAAUGGGUUGAUCUAUCCAUGGAUGACAUUCGACGCAUGGAGGAAGAGACAAAGAAGGAGCUGGAUGAGAUGAGGAAGAACGAUGACGUUAAAGGCAUGUCAGCUGAUGACAACUAAUGACAAAGGACUGGCUCACCCAAUCCCUUUCUGAGAGGAUUUAAUUUCCUUCAGCCAGCCCAGACUCACUGUGGACACCUAGAACAGAUGGACAGGCAUAACCAAGAAUUCCACCUACAUCCUAAUUACAUUUGCUCUUAAUAAGAGCUCGUUAUUGUAAAGCAAUAGUUUGUAUUUAUAUGCUACACAUUUGAAUACAACUACAGUGGCUUUUAGUUUAGUUUGUUUCUUUAAGAGGCAGAUUUGCAGGUCAGGGAAUCAGCUUUGAGGAUGAAACAUUCUUACUUAUGUCUGUUUGGCCCUCAAAUUUUAAAAGACUAGAGAAAAGCUGCUGGUUCUCUCAGACAACAUUUCUGAUUAUCCCUUUUCUGUUGUCAGACAUUUGGGUUUUGUUCUUUUUCUUGUAUUUUCCAAUUCUUUCUUUGAUUUAUUGUUUACGUACCAGAGCAAGGCACUUGUUUACGCCAGCCUUUUCUCUACAUUCACAAAUGUUCCAGAGUUACCAGAAUUUUUUUUUUUUUUUGUAACAGUAGUGUUGGUAAUCUAACAAAGUACACUGUGUUAAUCUGUUAUUGUUUUAUCACACUGGAAAUUGAAUUGUUGGCUGGAGGUAUUGUAAUGAAAGUAUUGUAUAUCUGAUGAUUUCUGUGGAAACUACAACAUAUGAGGUAUUUAUGUUGAAAAGACUCCAUCAGGAACAUUUAUUAUACUUCCAGAGUAGUCUGGUAGUUCUGGUCUGACUGGACCAUCUGAUGGUCAGUUUAGCUUUACACAAAGAUGCCAGAUGCUGUUUUUUAUUUAUAGCUUUGGGUUGAGGUUUUGAGUAUUAGGGAUGAUAUGUAAGAAAACCCUAAACUCUGAGCAGAUUUCAAAAUGGCACAUGAAGCAAUUCUUUCUUGAUAACUGUUCAAAUGUUUGGCCAAGGUUAUGUCAUUGCAAGUCCAGAAAGUAACAUGGAUUUUAAUGACAUGUGAUUGUUUAGUACAUUAAAGGAAAUGUUCCUUGCA